AAAAAAUCUCACUUUUCCUCAUCUUCUCUCUCUCUCUCUCUCUCACCGGAGACAUCAAUUCCUCCUUUUUGACUAAAAUUACGCGACUUGGGGCUUUGAUCCAUUCCCUUACUGAAUCUCACUUCCUUUUCUCUUUCUCUCUCUAAUUCCCCUUUAGGUUUUGUUCUUCUUUGAUUCUUUCCAAAAACUACUAUGCUGCUCUGAUCAAAACAAAUCAUCUCUGUAACCUGUCUUUGGUGAGAUGGCUUUGGACAAUACCGAUCCUGUCAAAGCUCAAUCGAAGACCAAACCUAACGAGACUGAGAAUCAAAAAAGGAAGGAAAAAAACGAUGUCGUUUGCAACACUAAAGGCCAACCCUUUCAAGAAGAAGAAGAAGAAAGAGAACCAAGUGGGUGUUGGGUCAAGUUUAGGUUCAUGAUUGGUUGCUUACCUUCAAAAUCAGACCUUGAUGCUUCCACUACCACCAGCACAGUUACUACAAUGGAAAGUAAAAAAUCAACUGAACAAGCAGCUGGUCCUGUUUCCUCAACCACAACAACUAGCAAUGGAGGAAGCACUUCAUCAACUCCAAUGAUCAGUGAAGAGCUUAAGGCUUAUUCUAACUUGAGGAACUUUACUUUCAAUGACCUUAAGCUAGCUACUAGAAACUUUAGACCAGAGUCUCUUCUUGGAGAAGGAGGUUUUGGUUGUGUCUUUAAAGGAUGGAUUGAAGAAAACGGAACUGCUCCUGUUAAACCUGGUACUGGGCUUACUGUUGCUGUCAAGACGUUGAAUCCUGAUGGUCUUCAAGGUCACAAAGAAUGGCUUGCUGAGAUCAAUUUCCUUGGUAACCUUCUUCAUCCGAAUCUAGUUAAGCUGGUUGGUUAUUGCAUUGAAGAUGAUCAAAGGCUGCUUGUUUAUGAGUUCAUGCCUCGAGGAAGCUUGGAGAAUCAUCUUUUCAGAAGGUCGUUGCCUCUUCCUUGGUCUAUCAGGAUGAAGAUUGCAUUAGGUGCUGCAAAAGGUCUCAGUUUCCUCCAUGAAGAAGCUUUGAAGCCUGUCAUUUAUCGAGAUUUCAAAACAUCAAACAUCUUACUUGAUGCAGACUACAAUGCAAAACUAUCUGAUUUUGGACUUGCCAAAGACGCUCCUGAUGAAGGCAAAACACAUGUCUCUACACGAGUUAUGGGUACAUAUGGCUACGCUGCUCCUGAGUAUGUAAUGACUGGUCACUUGACAUCAAAGAGCGACGUUUAUAGUUUCGGUGUUGUUCUCCUCGAAAUGCUUACUGGACGACGGUCCAUGGACAAGAACCGCCCAAACGGUGAGCACAACUUAGUGGAAUGGGCAAGGCCGCAUCUACUUGACAAAAGAAGGUUUUACCGGUUACUUGAUCCGAGACUCGAGGGUCAUUUCUCAAUCAAAGGUGCUCAAAAAGUGACUCAGCUUGCUGCACAAUGUCUAAGCCGUGACCCUAAGAUUAGGCCAAAGAUGAGUGAUGUUGUCGAAGCACUUAAACCACUUCCGCAUCUUAAGGACAUGGCGAGCUCUUCUUACUACUUUCAGACAAUGCAAGCAGAACGUUUGAAAAAUGGUUCAGGGAGGUCUCAGGGAGGUAAUGGGUUUGGAUCAAGAAACGGACAACCGCAACCUGUGUUUAGGACACUGUCUAGUCCUCAUGGUCAACAUGGUUCUUCGCCUUUUCGACAUCAGGUUCCUUCUCCAAAGCCUAAAGGAGCAACUACAUAAGCUCUUUUGUGUGGACAAAGGCACAACAAACAAAAGGCUAAAUGGUCAAAGAAGCUUUUAUCGUUUUUUAAAGCGGCAAGGAGAUAUUUUUGUAACCGAUGUUACGGUAACUCUUUAAUGGAUUAAUGUAAAAAACGAUGGACGGUUGUCUAUGAAAAUCUGAUUUUAAUGUGAAACUAAU